AUGUUGCGGAGCAAGCCUUCCUCGUCAAUGCAAAAGACUUACGAUGAGGCCUAUCUCCAGUGUUCGACGGCGGUCUUCUUUGAAGGCCAGGGCAAUGAGACCGAGGCUCUCCGCUCAUGGAAGGCGGCGCUCGAUCAAAUCAAUCAUUACAAGGCCUCCAAACUCUCGUCUAAUUACUCACCCCGGUCGGAGACCGAGCGGGCUCUGUACGACUCCUUGAGGGAACUGGAGAUACAAUGUAAGGAACGAGUCGAUCUCCUCGAGACUCUAAAGAGAAGUCGGGAAGAGCUAGGGAUAGAAUCUCGCAAGGAAGAGAAGGCCGAAAACAAGAAUGGAGGUGGAACUGGCAACGGCGGUGGAAGCACGAGUGGCAGCGGCAGCAGUGGAAGAAAACGUCUUGGGAAGAACAGAGGGCACCCUUCGAUAGCGACGCCUCCGACCUCUGAACCGGCUGGCUCGUGGCUUGGAGGAGAGACGAUACCACCAAUGCAAAUGUCUGAACUGCCCAAUGCCACGCCAGCAUUACCUCCACGGCCGCCACUGGGCGUCACCAGGAGCAGUGAGACGGUGGCACGCGACAACACCUCUCCGAUAUCACGGAUUCGGUCCUCACCUUUGGGUGCUCCGCCUACUCUACCUGUCCCAACCAUGAAGGCUUCUAGAAGUCCUAGCCCGGAUCAUGGCAGGAAAACGAUGCGGACAACACUACGCCCAGAGAGGAAGGGAUUCAUGAAGUAUCGAUCAACUUCGAACCGUGACAGAAGAACCGAGACUAUGAAAGCGGCUGGCCUGGCAUGGGAGUCCCAACCGCGGAAGAACUCCCAACCUAACCAAAGACCAGAAUCAGACCCCACGAUCGAAGCCAGACUGAGUGCUACGGCUGCCAGACGGAGUAUCGAUCAAGAUGCGACAGCCAGAUGGGAAGAGCACCGAAAGUCGAAUGCCUCGUCUCUGUUAAGUGUCCCUGACUACGUGUCACAGCAUAUCACGCGUGACAUUCCGAACUCGGCUUCUGUUCCGCCCCCUACAUCGAUGAACAAGUCAAUGGAAAGUCUUAAAUUGACUCCCGACUCUGCACCCAGCCUUAUCGACCUCGACUCGGAGCCUGAGAAGUCGCCGCCUCCUGUGCCCCAUCAUGCGUCACCCACUGGCCAGCCAGGCGCCAAAGCAAGGCCCCGAUCUCCAAUUCAUUUACCGAAAGCGCCCGAGAUCACAUAUCGAAGAGAGUACCCUCCACGGGCACAUAAUGUUCCUCAACCCCUCGCCAGGAAUAUCUUAGAGAGAGCCUACCCCAAAGUUGGAUCCGGGGGGAGUGCACCGGGAAUAUCCCGCAAACCGGUGGGUAUAGCGGAUACAGCGCUUGAGACAAGAGGGCGCUCUCCUCAUAAACGCGGUGGACAUUCCGACAGCGAAGACGAGGCCCCUCAACGGAAUCUUGACAGACCCACACGAGACCCUGGCAUCAGGACCGCGAGCGCCAACACAAUUACUCCACCAUCUACGGAUGGCGAGUCGCCGGAAGAAGAUGGCUUGUCGGCGCAGGAGAAGCGGAUGGAGAAUCUUCUGAAGAAUCUACCGAAAGGAGUGGAUGAAAAUGCCGCCAAGCAGAUCAUCAAUGAAAUUGUGGUCAAGGGGGAUGAAGUUCACUGGGACGACGUUGCCGGCCUUACUGCUGCCAAAAAGGCGUUGAAGGAAGCAGUGGUAUACCCUUUUCUCAGACCGGAUCUAUUCAUGGGCCUCCGCGAGCCGGCUCGAGGGAUGCUCCUUUUUGGGCCCCCAGGGACGGGCAAAACUAUGCUUGCAAGGGCUGUCGCCACCGAAAGCAAAAGCACCUUUUUCGCCAUCAGUGCGAGCAGUCUGACGAGCAAAUGGCAUGGCGAAUCAGAGAAGCUCGUCCGAGCCUUGUUUGCGCUGGCGAAGGCUCUGGCGCCUAGUAUCAUUUUUGUCGACGAGAUCGAUUCCCUGCUGAGUGCCCGAAGCGGGUCAAGCGAGCACGAAGCGUCGAGGAGGAGUAAGACAGAAUUUCUCAUCCAGUGGUCCGACCUGCAAAGAGCAGCAGCUGGCAAAGACACGACGGUGGGGGACGCUAGUCGAGUCCUGGUGCUUGCAGCGACAAAUUGCCCGUGGGACAUUGACGAUGCGGCAAGGCGGAGAUUUGUGAGAAGACAGUAUAUCCCUUUGCCAGAGGCAGAGACCCGGGAGACACAGAUUCGGACGUUGUUGGGGCAUCAGAAGCAUGAUCUAAGCCCGGAGGAUAUCGCUCGGCUGGUCGAAUUGACGGAGGGCUACUCUGGAUCCGACAUUACAGCGCUUGCAAAGGAUGCAGCCAUGGGCCCCUUGAGGCAUCUCGGCGAGGCUCUCCUGUACACUCCUAAAGAACAGAUUCGACCCAUUCAGAUGAUGGAUUUUGAAGCCAGCUUGGAUAGUAUUCGACCAAGUGUGAGCAAGAAGGGGUUGGAGGAGUUCGAGAAGUGGGCCAGAGACUAUGGUGAAAGGGGGGGUUGA